AAGUGUAUCACCAAGGCGAUCACCAGAAGUGAUGUUAGUUUCGCUAAAGUCGCACAUAUGACAGAAGAGAGAUACAUUCUGCAUGGGUAACUUUUUAUGUAUUCUUGUCGUGUGGUUAUUUUGAGUCACCGGGUGCAGGGGUGUUAUUCAGUCAUGACUGGAAAUGUCAAGCGUUGCGGCACAGUGCAACUAACAUCCAGCAGAGGCCGAGGUUCACUGCAAUAGAUACACGGACCAGUGAAGGUACAUGUGCGUGCGUGCGGUGUCAAAGGAGUGGAAGAUAUCACCAUUCAGACUGAGAGGUGGACCUGAGGAUCAGAUGAAGCCAGAUCGGAACUUUACUCUCAACUCAGUUGCUGCCGUGGCGACGCUAUUCUGUUUAAUGACGUCUCCAGUAGAAGUCACUGCUAUCUCAUCAGACAACUCACAGACGACACUGAAAAUGCAUGACCAGAAGCCGACGUUCAGAUUUCGACGGCAGACAAGUCACAAAAAUCGCGGAUUUGUUUCGCUACUUUCAGAUUAUAUCUCGGAGACACGGAACGAAACGACGAGAGCUUUCAACGAAAUCUCAGACCUCGUCUCAAAACAGAUAUUACCAGUGCAGCAGGGCAUUCAACUGAACUACACCGUACCGGAAUCCAGCAGAGAGCUUCUUGAAAAUGCCACGACCACGAAAGUGCCGUUCGUCCUGACACAGCAAGAGUUCCUACGAAUCUUGAGACGCAACCUGCGAGGGUUGGCGCGGCUCUUCAACAUGGAGUCGCGCAGGGCCAUAGAGGACUCCAACAACAACGUCCGUGUUCUACGGAAAGAGAUAGUGGAUGCGGUAAGGCCGUACGUGGUAACCAACUCUACAACAUAAACAGCCUGGGACAUGAGCUUCUCUGCACGACUGCACCGUUGAAGCAGUUGCCUACGUCGCAGGGAACGCGUAAACGAUAAAUAAAAAUGGUGAACCUAAGAGGAACACAUGUUACGUUUAACACAACUGUAUUUAGGGUAGUUCUUAACUCUAGUAAUCUAGUGAAGUGUUGGUACAUGAAGUACGAACUUGUCUUUGACUCGCAAUGACGGAAGUUCAACCGGCAUUACAGAGAAGAACUACGAUACCACUCUAGGAGAUCAUAUUUGAAACUACAAAGCAGAGGCUGACAUAAAACUACGACGGAUAUGUUACUAUACCUGUUCAUUAUAUCACGAUUACAACAAAGUUCUGACUAUUCUAAAAAGCUCAAGUUAUUACACGUCAAAUUGUCAGUCAACACUAAUGUAUUAAUUAUAAUAUUAACGGAACAUCCAUUAAAUUCACAAAUUUGAAUUAAUUUAUUGUCCACUGCAUAUAAUAUUUUAUCUAUCCUGAAAAAAAACAAAUGAUUGUGUGAUAUUCAUAAUAAUAGUGCCACCCAGCAGAUGUAAUAACAGGAAUAAUUACAGAUUAGACCAUUCUUACACGCACAAUACGCUUGGGCUGUACCACCGAGGUUCGCUUUCUGGCAUGGUCAAUUUUAUCUUCGACUACCAUGCCCAGACCGGUUCUCUGACUCAUACGCCUAUCUAACGAGUAAGAAAGCAAUUUUUCUAGUGAAAUAGUGACCCAAGUUUUGGGAAAUCUGUCCUGAGAUUCCGAUGUAAGUGUUUUUAACUUGUGUCAAAUAUGAGGUUCGCCCGGUGGUAGAGUUUUCUAUUUUAACCUUAUGGGUUGCGACGUGGUCUUGCAGCAUUUCGGAGGAACACAUCGCCUUCAUCUUUAAGGUUUAAGUAACUUCUACCCUGAAGUUCCAGUAGUCACGACCCUUAAUACUAUGUGAGAAAGUUUUUAGUCAGGAUUACCCCAAAAUCAGGCGUAUAACCAGGAAUUAACAUCUGGAUUCAGUGCUGUGAAGGCUUGUAAUGGAACUAAUUUGGUCUCACAAAGUUACUAUCUGUUUCAGGUAUAGAGCAGGAAAAUAACACGCGACUCCAGACAUUAUGCGACCCACACAGCAUUCAGCUUAAAGAACGCAAUAAGGCGUAAGAAGGUUCGAGCUUGGCUAAAGUGAAAGUGUACGCAAGCGAGCAGAGUUUGUGUAUACAGAAGUGAAAUUUAAAUUGUAACUUAUUCCCGUUCUGGGUAAACGCACUGAGCUAGGUGGGAGAACCUGAAAUUAGUUUUCUAUCUUCACAACAAAACAAAAGCUAAAUCAAUAUUCUAGUUGAAAAAGUAGUAAUAUUUCUUAUAUAUUAGGUAAGUACUAAGUUCAAGUCUCGGACAAGAAACCAGCUAAUCUUAGAUUUAUCACGGUUUUACACAGUCAUUCCAGCGAAUUUCGGGAGGAUAUUCUAAAAUAGGCGACGACAACUUCCCACUAAAAUUUUUCCAGUUCACCAUUCAUAAUAUUAAAAUUCAUUAUAUGCUGCAUGAAUUUGAAAAUUAUGUAGCGUCGUUAAAUAACCUAUUCAUAGAUAAUGAAAGACACCAUAAAUAAUGAUAAUAACUUGUAGAUAUCUUUAUUUUUCUUCUGUAUAUCUUAAAGAUAUUCAAAAUGAUUCUUUCUUAUGACGAGUUUUAAAUUUCGUCUAAAUCUAUUGCACGAAAACCUUUCUACACUCCAUUUCCCUUUCUUCCUGACUAACUGUUGCUAGGAGACCACAAAUGAUUCAGGGAUAAAGCGACCUAUAUCCACUUCUGUUCUGUUGCUAAGGCAACCAUAGAUGUUUCAUACAGAAAAUGGCCUAUCUGGUACCAACGAGGUGUCGCGCGGUAAAUAAAAAACAUAUGCGCUUCUAUAUCCUUUGGCUUAUAGAACCUGAAUUUGAUGACAAAAUCAGUUCAAUAUUGUUUUGAAAUCUCACUGGCUUUUUUUUUCUUCAAAAAUACACAUAGAAACUUAAUUUAACACACACAAAUAGAGCAGAAAUUAAUUUUCUUUCUCGCAGGCGAUGUGCACAUGAUUUACUGUCACAAAUACAUUAUUACAGCAACAAAACAGUUUAAUAUUCAGUUUAACCAGAGAUUAAAAUCGAAAAUCAUAUUGCGUUCAUUUUAUCAAAUAUCAUAUAAAGUGACUGUACUUUGAUGGAGAAAGGAGUUGCUGAUUGGUGGGCGUCAUGACUACGUCACGCGUGUCAAACAAUACAGUGGGAGGUUCAAAUGAUACUUCCUCGAAGGAAUCGGGCGAUAUAUUCAACUCAAGUGGGUUCAGUUUAAAUACGAUCGAAGAGAAGAAAAGAGCUUUCUUCUUGUUGGAGAUAUAUCCGAGAUACAUCUUCAUUGCAACAACAGAUAUGGAGAAACUUUUUGCGGUGCUGUCCAUGUACACGGUACUUGGAGCCGUGAUGUGUGCUCCGCUACCUGGGAUCGAACCAAGUCCGUCAGUGGGAGAGUUACAGUCGAUUUUGCCUGUUCUUGACCGUAUUUUGCAUCGGUCAGCUCGGCAACUCAACCCUAACAGACAGCAAGUGAUCGACAACGUCUUCCAGAUUCCAAUUGCAACACUCACGGCAGUCAGUAGCCUGUUGCAGAGCACAAGGCCAAUCUUCCCGAGUGCCACAAACAACCAAGGGCAGACGGCUGCCCCUGCCACUGCCCCUGCCUCAGUGUUUGCCGGACACGGGGCAUUUCACAGACGACAAACCCUUGCCGCAAGAGUGGCACAAGUUAAUCCAGCAGCCGACGGAUCAAGUUUCAAGAUCUGAAACCUUGUAGAUGUUUCAAAAUGUAAAUGACGUUCGAGUCUGUGAAAUGUUUGUUCUGGUAUUUAGCUAAUUAGCAAAUCCCUGCGAACACAGAAAGAGUUUUAUAUUCUACUUCAAUUGCCAAUUAUGGUAACGUGUUACAAGUUUUAGCCUUAGGACUGUCAAAUAUUGCAAUGAAUCAUUUUAUUCGCUGUUCGUGCUAAUUUUCUCGACCUUCGGAACAACCAAUAAUUCUAGUUCUGUACUGAAUUUCCAUACUGAUACCAAAAAAUUCGGAAUUGUGCGUCAACUUUAGCUUCUAAUGUGGAUUUAAAAUUAAAACCUGAUAUAACUGACAGAAUUCUCGUAAAGUGUUGAGAGGAAGGGAGUCGAAUUGUUAAAAAAAAAAUGUAGUGAUAUGAAAAACUGACAGCAAGGAAAUUGUGGAACAGUCCAAGUGUACUUAAGACCUCUUUUAUUACAACUUCAAUUGUAAAGGAAAGCAAUUGCUCGUGAUGCGACGCAGUGUGACUAAACACAACGUCAGAUUCAGAUACGGGUUUUGGUGAUAAAGUCUGUUAAACCCUGGGGAAUAAUAAUAAACUUUUAUUAACCAAA